CAGCCGAGGUCUCCAAAGGCAGGAUUGUGCGGGGCACGGUUCUCCUGAGCACCUGGCAGAGAGGAGCCCCACGAGCUGCUGCAGACCCGCCCCAGCAGGGCCCGGGGAGGAGGGAGCUGAUCCGAGGGAGGUCCCCGCGCCGCAGCGCGGAUCCGGGGCAGGCCGGGAGAAGAUGGCAGCCGCCGCAGAAGCCAUCGCCUUGCGCCUGGCCCGGCAGGAGGAGGAGAUCCGCCGGUUAACUGCCGAGAUCGGCCGCCUGAAGGAGCAGGAGCCGCAGCGCGGCCCGGGAAGCAGCAGCCCGGAGCUGCACGGGCUGAGGGCGGAGAACGAGAAGCUGCGCUACCGGCUCCUGCACCUGCGGCGCAGCCUGACAGCUGAGCUGGGCCCCGCAGGAGGCGGCAAGAAUACCUCCAGUGCAGGCCUGACUGGUGCCCAAAAUAAGAAGAAAAAGGAGAAGAAAAAAGAAAAUGAAGUUGUGAAUGGGUUUAGGACUGAGCUGCAGUGUGAGCCAAGCUUCAUAGAAGACAGGCUGAAGCUUUAUGAAACACUGAAAAAAGAGCAUGAUGCCUUGCUUGCUUACAGAGCAGCCAACCAGAGCAAGCCUAUCAAAGUGAUUCUGACUGAUGGUAAAGUCAUUGAAGGGGAAUCGUGGAAAACGACACCAUAUCAGUUGGCUGCAGGAAUUAGUCGAGGACUAGCUGAUGAUGCAGUAAUAGCCAACGUGAAUGGUGAAUUGUGGGAUCUGGAUCGUCCAUUGGAGGGAGAUUGUUCACUGGAGCUGCUUACAUUUGAUAACGAAGAAGCUCAGGCAGUUUACUGGCAUUCAAGUGCUCACAUCCUUGGAGAGGCCAUGGAAAGUUAUUAUGGAGGCUGUUUGUGCUAUGGGCCACCUAUUGAGAAUGGAUUUUAUUAUGAUAUGUACAUUGAAGACAGAGGUAUAUCUAGUACAGAAUUCCCUACAUUGGAGAACACUUGUAAAAAUAUCAUAAAAGAGAAGCAGCCUUUUGAAAGACUAGAAGUCAGUAAGGAGAUCCUACUAGAUAUGUUUAAGUACAAUAAGUUUAAAUGUCGUAUCCUGAAUGAGAAAGUUAACACGCUGACUACCACAGUAUACAGGUGUGGUCCAUUGAUUGAUCUCUGCAGGGGCCCACAUGUGAGACACACUGGAAAAAUUAAAGCCUUAAAGAUUUUUAAGAAUUCUUCUACAUAUUGGGAGGGAAAGGCUGACAUGGAAACAUUGCAGAGAAUCUAUGGAAUAUCCUUCCCUGAUAACAAAAUGAUGAAGAAAUGGGAAAAAUUCCAAGAGGAAGCCAGAAAUCGGGAUCAUAGGAAAAUUGGAAAGGAGCAAGAACUUUUCUUCUUCCAUGAUCUGAGUCCAGGAAGCUGUUUUUUCCUCCCCAAAGGUGCCUUUCUUUAUAAUACACUAAUGGAUUUCAUACGAGAGGAAUAUCACAGGCGUAAUUUUACUGAAGUAGUAUCACCUAACAUCUACAACAGUAAACUCUGGGAAGCAUCAGGUCACUGGCAGCACUACAGUGAAAACAUGUUCUCAUUUGAUGUUGAGAAGGAAACAUUUGCCCUUAAGCCCAUGAACUGUCCAGGACAUUGCUUAAUGUUCGCUCAUCGCCCGCGCUCAUGGAGGGAAAUGCCUAUUAGAUUUGCAGACUUUGGGGUUCUUCAUAGAAAUGAACUCUCAGGGACUUUGAGUGGUUUGACUCGAGUCAGGCGUUUUCAACAGGAUGAUGCACACAUCUUUUGCACAAUGGAACAGAUUGAGGAAGAAAUGAAGGGCUGUCUGAACUUUUUGAAGUCAGUUUAUGCAGUGUUUGGUUUUACUUUGCAAUUGCACCUUUCUACAAGACCUGAAAACUUCCUAGGAGAAGUAGAGACCUGGGACCAUGCAGAAAAGCAAUUACAAAACAGUUUGAAUGACUUUGAAGAGCCAUGGAAGUUGAAUCCAGGAGAUGGAGCGUUUUAUGGUCCUAAGAUUGAUAUUAAAAUCAAAGAUGCUAUUGGCAGGUACCAUCAGUGUGCUACCAUCCAACUUGACUUCCAGCUACCAAUCAGAUUUAACCUUACUUAUGUUGGUAAGGAUAGUGAUGAUAAGAAAAGGCCAGUGAUCAUUCAUAGAGCUAUUUUGGGCUCAGUGGAGAGAAUGAUAGCUAUUCUAGCAGAAAAUUAUGGAGGAAAAUGGCCUUUCUGGCUCUCUCCUCGCCAGGUCAUGGUUGUCCCUGUGGGGCCUACUUGUGAAAAAUAUGCUCAGCAGGUUUGCCGUGAAUUUUUUGAAGCAGGAUUUAUGGCUGAUGUUGAUCUAGAUCACAGCUGCACAUUAAACAAGAAAAUAAGAAAUGCACAGCUUGCACAAUAUAAUUUUAUUUUAGUGGUUGGAGAAAAGGAAAAAGCGAAUAAUGCUGUCAAUGUGCGAACAAGAGACAAUAAGGUUCAUGGAGAGAUUUUGGUAAUGUCUGCCAUUGAAAAACUAAAGAAACUGAAGAAAUCACAUGCUUUAUAUGCAGAGGAAGAAUUCUGAAAUUGCUGCUAACUGGGAGCCAUGUUAACUCUAAAUGAAGCCAAUUAUUUUUCCUCCUCUCUCUUAUACUGUUGUGCUUAUUUGCAAGGUCUUUGAAUUGAUGAACAAAAAUGUAGCUGAUGUGGGUGCUUUUGGGAUAGUGUGAAGGACAGAUGCAAACCUUGGGACUCCUCAAGCAAUCACAUGAAUCCAUAGUAACUGGAAAAUUCCAAUUAGGAAAAAAUCCUAAACCUGUGCUACAAAAUGUAUUGUUUCUGCUAUAUAAAUGAAGCUGGGGCUCUAGUACAGUGAUCAAGAGAAAAAUGCUGGAAAGUGUACUUGCUACUACUGCUAAAAAACUUAAUCAGAUAGUCAGAAGGUAGCUAUGUAAUUUAUUUGUCUUGCAUCAGAAACUUGGCAGCUUGUAGAUGAAAUUAAAAUGCUUCUCAUAUAUUUUUGUUUGGGGCAUGCCUAGUUCCUAUUGAACUAAUGUCUACAGGCUACACACAUAUUGGUAGUAUUGUUGUAAGUCUCAGCAGCAAAGACAGGCAGUGAAAGGGCAUUAUGAUUGAAUAACCACUUAUUUCAAAGGUGACCACCUAGAGAUAAGCUGAAUUAUACUGCCUAAGCAAUGUAGGGAACAUAGGUUGUUGGGCUGUAGGGUUCUUGUUCUGUGAAUACAUGGAAAACCUCCAUUUCCAGUGCUGUAAACUUGGCUCCUUUCCCAAGUACUAAAUUCACUUAGACAAGACUUAAAAACAAAACAAAACCAAAAAAACCCAACCCCUCCAUAGAAUGCAUUGUGCAUUUGUUUGGGAUAUGGGAAUUAGAAAAAAAUGUUGAAAAAUCUGUUACAUGUAAAUUUCCUUAAUUAUUUUAUCUUUACAACAGAGUUUAUUGGAAACAUCCACCUAGUUGCAUGUUGAAUCUAAAUUUGUACUUUUAAUUGCUCCAUUUUGUAAUUAGAUUAAAAAGUUUACUCUUCCUGGCAAUUGAAUAAAUCUUCAAUACAACAA